CUGCAGUGGAGCGCCCCCUGCCGUUCUCUAUCUCUGCUCUUCGGGCUUCCGUUCUCCUCAGUCUCCGGGAUGCGGCGUCGGUGCGGUUCCCACUCUCUCUACCUCUGAAAACACGGGACUUCUAUAUACGAGCAUCGCAGCAUCAAAGGUUAUGCAGUUUUGUGCCUGAGAGAUCUUCUUCGCCCCACAACAAUCGCAUUGAGGUUUCCAGUGAUGAUCGGCCUGUGAGCAGUUCACAAUGGCUCAUAGGAAGAGGCCAGGGACCAACAGCAGCAUGGCCACAGAGCCUCGCGCUUCAGCUCCACGCUCCUGCCCAGCCCCGUACCCUGAGCCUGAGCACCCCGAGGAGGAGUAUGAAGAGCACCGGGACCUCGAGGUGUCCCAACACUCCUACCACAACCAAGAAGAGGCAGACUUGACAGACAGCCGACCAGCAACGCCCACAACUCCAGACCACGCCCACAGAGACUACCACAGUCACCCGGACAGUCUGGACGGAGACUCUAGCUCCGACUACGUCAACAAUACAUCUGAUGAGGAAGAGGACGAUUUCGAUGAAGGGCUGCCGGAGGAGGAUGAAGGUGUGACGUACUACAUCCGAUAUUGUCCUGAGGAUGACAGCUACCUGGAAGGAAUGGACUGUAAUGAGCCAGAGUACGGACACCCGGAUGGUCGCAUUGAGCCACCUCCAGACACGGAUGAGUGCCAGGAAGCGGUUGAGGAGUGGGUGGAGAGAGAGGACGAUGCACAAGGUGAUGAUGGAGAAGUGCGUUGUGAAGUUCUCGACCAGGACUCUGACCAACAGCUGUACGAUGGCAGACCCGAACCUGUCCUCGAUCACCACCAUCAACACUAUCCAGAUCCCCAUCAAGAACAGAUUCCACCUGCUGCUGAAGAUCAAGAAGUGCAGGAUGUUGAAGGAAGUGAGGGCUACUGCCCCGAUCAGGAGGAUGAGCCGCAGGUGGGGCAAGACAGAGAUGCUUACGCAGGUGACUACUACUCCACGGAGGACAAUGGAAACUCUGUUCGUGCGUCACCUUACAGGGGUCUUAAGGGCACAGACGGAGAGACGGGAGAGGAGGCAGAGGAAGAUAUUGAUCAGAUAGUAGCUGAGAUUAAGAUGAGCAUGAGUAUGGGCAGUCUUAGCAGCGGCACUGAUCAGAGUCCAGAGGAACUGAUGCCCGAUCCAGCACCUAGCGGGUACCAGCCAGAGACACGCUCCAAACCCGAACCCGCUCCUGUUCCUGCACCGUACACUCAGCCUCACCGUCAUGAUGGCAGACCCAAAUCCCUCAACAUCCCCCCAGCAAGACAUAAUCCUGACCUCCAGAGGAACUUUAAGGUACGACCUCACACACCAGAGGAGAGACAGAGAUGGGACGAGGACCAGGUUAGAGAGCAGGUGUCUAAUAGCGCAGAACAGCCAAGGAAGCAGCAGCGGUCUGAUCUCAAUGGACCAUUGGAGAACAACAAUGUCCCUGAGCCAACAAAGAAGACGGCCUCAUUUCCCAGCUUUGUGGAUGUGCCGGGUCCCUGUGAGCCUGAGGACCUCAUUGAUGGGAUUAUCUUCGCCGCCAACUACCUCGGCUCCACUCAGCUCCUGUCGGAGAGAAAUCCAUCCAAAAACAUCAGGAUGAUGCAAGCCCAGGAGGCAGUGAGCCGGGUCAAGAGGGUACAGAAGGCAGCCAAAAUCAAGAAAAAGGCGCAGAGUCCAGAGGGAGACGUUCAGACUUUGACGGAGGUGGAUCUUUUCAUCUCAACUCAAAGGAUCAAAGUGCUCAAUGCAGACACCCAGGUGAGUUCAUGCGGCUGCCUAGUGGUGAAGGUUUCAAAAUAAAUCAAAAAAGAUCAA